AUCCUCUUCAAAAAAAAUAAUUUACAUUUCCAAUUAUGGGUAUCAACAAUUCAAGACUAUUAAAAUCAAAAAAAUCGAAAUCGAUACAAGUAUCAUCUCAUGAUCUAUUAAACAAAGAAAAAGAAUCAACGUAUUAUUUAUCGAACGAUAUAAAUGAUGUUGAUAGGUUACAUAUACACCAUUUUUUUAAAAAAUACAUAUUUCAAAAUAAUUUUUCUUCCCCGAUUGAAGAUGAUUUAAUAAGAGGAUGUAAAGUUUUGGAUGUUGGAUGUGGUCCUGGCACUUGGUUAUUAGAAUUAUCAAAUACAUAUACAAGUUCUCAAUUUAUCGGACUUGAUAUGACGCCAAUAUAUCCACAAGAGAUAAAACCAAGUAAUCUAAAAUUUGUCGAAGGAAAUAUAUUUAAUGGAUUACCUUUUCCUGAUAAUGAAUUUGAUUUUGUACAUAUGGAAUCAAUGAUACUUAUUCUUACAAGAGAUCAAUGGAAUUUUGUUUUUUCUGAGCUCAUGAGGGUAACAAAAUCAGGUGGAUUUAUAGAAGUAGUCGAACCAUACAUUAUACCUGAUGAAGCAGGUCCAAUUUUUAAAAAAUUAUAUGGAGGAAUUUAUGACUCUUCCUUAAAACGAAAUGUGGAUAUGAAUUUAUCAUGUAAUCUUGAUUCAAUAUUUGAAUCACAUUCAAAUAUAACAAAGAUACAUCGAGAUGAAAGGAAGACCAUCAUUGGACCGAAUGGUGAUAAAAUCGGCAUAGUUUAUCAAAAUAUAUUUGUAUCAUUCUGUACUACGGAGAUGGCAAUAGAUAGUCUAAGUAAUGAAUUGGGAAUUUCUAAAGAGAAUUUUAAAUAUAUGGCAGAAAAUGAUAUAAUAGAAGAAUUUAAACAAACAAAACCUGAAAUUAAUUAUAUUAGAUUUUGGACUCAAAAAAAUUUAAUAUAAU